GUCACUCACACGUAGAGCUCUUUAGACGGGAGAGUUCGCGGCGAUGGCGACGACGGCUCGGUGUUGGAAAGGGACGCAGUGAAGCUGGCCUCGGCUCUGAUUUCCAUGUCUUACUUGUGAGAGUUUCCACACAGGAUCAUCAGGUCUGCCUAUCAUCCAUUAGUGAUUGUUUGUGACAGAUCCAGGCCGGAGUUCCUUGUUGGGUGACCCACACUCCUUGACAGGGGCCAUGGAGGAGGAGGGGCAGCAGAGCUUGGAGUGUAUCCAGGCCAAUCAGAUCUUCCCCAAGAAGUCCCCCGUCCUGGAGGAGGAAAACAUGCAGGUGCCCUUUCCUGAGCUGCACGGGGAGUUCACAGAAUAUGUGGGGAGAGCAGAGGAUGCCAUUAUUGCAAUGUCCAACUACCGCUUACACAUAAAGUUCAAAGAAUCAGUUGUCAAUGUUCCUCUUCAGCUCAUUGAGUGUGUGGAGUGUAGGGAUAUGUUCCAGCUUCAUGUCACCUGUAAGGAUUGUAAAGUCAUCAGAUGUCAGUUCUCCACCUUUGAGCAGUGCCAGGAAUGGUUGAAACGUCUGAACACAGCAGUGAGGCCUCCGUCUCGGUUGGAAGACCUCUUUGCCUUUGCCUUCCACGCCUGGUGCAUGGAGGUGUACGCAGGAGAGAAAGAACAGCAUGGCGAGCUGUGCAGACCAGGUGAACACGUGACCUCAUGGUUCAAGAAUGAGGUGGAGAGGAUGGGCUUUGACACUCAAAAUGCUUGGAGGAUAUCUGACAUCAACAGCAAGUUCAGGCUUUGCCCCAGCUAUCCUCAGCAACUCCUAGUGCCAGCCUGGAUUACUGACAAAGAGCUAGAAAAUGUGGCAGCCUUCCGCUCCUGGAAGAGGUUUCCUGCUGUAGUUUACAGGCAUACAACUACUGGGGCUGUAAUUGCUCGCUGUGGCCAGCCAGAGGUCAGCUGGUGGGGCUGGAGGAACGCUGAUGAUGAGCACCUGGUUCAGUCCAUCGCCAAGGCCUGUGCUGUGGACAGCAGCUCCCGAAAACAUGUUCCCAACGGUAGCUAUACCAACAGCUCAGACCUGCCUGACACUGAUUUUGAAUCCUCCAUGACCAACAGCUCAGAGGUGGAGACACUGGCCACCCAACCUCACAAGUUGCUGAUCUUAGAUGCCAGGUCCUACGCAGCUGCUGUAGCUAACAGGGCCAAAGGUGGAGGCUGUGAAUGCCCAGAAUACUAUCCCAACUGCGAGGUGGUUUUCAUGGGAAUGGCUAACAUCCACUCCAUUCGCAAGAGUUUCCAGUCUCUACGAUUCCUCUGCACUCAGAUGCCUGACCCAGCCAACUGGCUUUCUGCACUUGAGAGCACAAAGUGGUUGCAACACCUGUCCCUGCUACUGAAGGCAGCUCUGCUGGUGGUCAAUGCUGUGAACAGAGACCACAGGCCUGUUCUUGUGCACUGCUCUGACGGCUGGGACCGCACACCACAGAUUGUUGCUUUGUCCAAGCUACUGCUGGACCCUUACUACCGCACUAUUGAGGGUUUCCAAGUUUUGGUGGAGACAGAAUGGCUGGACUUUGGCCACAAGUUUGCUGACAGAUGUGGCCAUGGAGAAAAUUCAGAGGACCUAAAUGAGCGCUGCCCUGUUUUCCUGCAGUGGCUGGACUGUGUUCACCAACUGCAGAGGCAGUUUCCAUGCUCAUUUGAGUUCAAUGAAGCCUUCCUGGUGAAACUGGUGCAGCACACCUACUCGUGUCUCUUCGGGACUUUCCUGUGUAACAGCGGCAAGGACAGGGAGGAUCGCCACGUUCAGGAGAGGACCUGCUCGGUUUGGUCACUCCUCAGGCCAGCCAACCGCUCUCUGAGGAACAUGCUCUACUCCUCACACUCCGAAAUUGUUCUCCAUCCAGUGUGUCAUGUACGGAAUUUGAUGCUGUGGACGGCAGUCUAUCUGCCCAGCUCCUCCCCUACCACUCCUUCCGAUGAUUCCUGCGCUCCCUACCCAGUGCCCGGUGCCAACCCGGAAGAUGCACCCCUGGGCAGGCGAACAAAGACUCGCUCCUUUGACAACUUGCCUAGUGCGUGUGAGCUGGGAAGCUCACUGGCUCCCAACCGUCGCUCCAGUGACCCAAGCCUGAAUGAGAAGUGGCAGGACCACCGGCGAUCUCUGGAGCUCAAUGUGGCAGUGGGGCCUGAAGGAGGGGAGAACCAGGAUGAGGUGCAGCCAUAUCAUGACAGACUGGACUCUGAGAUGGAUCACAGCAAGCAGCAAUCCCAGGGCUCAAAUACUGAACGUAGAGAAGAGUCCUCUGUGAACCCAGCAGGAGAUGAAGCGGAGGAGGCGGAGCUCUCUGUGGCAGUGGGUGUGGCUGAGGGACAAAUGGUGAACAUUCUUCAGGAAGCCACAAAGGAGGAGGCAGGAUGCGACGUGCCAAGAGAGGACCAUGCUGAUGCUGCUCAGGUUUUUAAUGCUGUAGAUCAGGAGGUGGAUGGACAUGUAGAGCAGCAUCAGAUGGUGGAUGUCAGUGAAACUGUCAUGAAGAGAGACAUGUUCGCAAAUGGUCAGCUCCCAGAAAAUGGUGAGAUGAAGGCUCAGGAGAAUGGUGACUCUUCUUCUGCGCCCACACAGAAGGAAGAGGAACAGGAUCAACAGGAAGCCAGUGUGUCUCAGAGAACUGAGGACUUGGUGACAGAGAAUGUAGAGAAAUCUUCUGUACAAGAAGAACUUGCACAUGUACCGAAGGAGUGUAGCACAGGUGAGCCAGAAGAGCCUGCAGCUCAUAGAACUAUAAAUAGUGACUUAAUGUAUAGGUCACCUGAAAAACUAGGCUUAGAUGAGAGAAGCUGCCCUGACUCUGAAUCUGACCACAGUGUCCCUGAGUCAGUGGAGUUGGUAGAUAAAAGGGCCUCCUUGAUGGAAAGCUCCACAGAGACUUUAACUGAAGAGGCCUGUGGCAGGGUGGAGCUCCCUGCGCAGCCACCUGUUGGUUUCAACCAUCACCUCAUGAGUGAUGGCAGGAGCCCAGUUCCCUGUUCCAAGAAAGAGAAGGGGCUGGAGACCAGUGAACAUGGCUUGAUCAGAACUUUAAGCGAGGGCAGCAAGCGGCCCUCUGUCAGUGCCUUUCAGUCAGUUCGUGCUGACCUUAGCAGGGAUGGACUUAGUAAUGGGGACAACUCCGAAGGGGAGCCAUGUGGAGCACCUUACUGGGCCAAAGGGAAUGUGGAGAGGGCCCCUUUGAGCCGUCAGGUAUCUGUAGCAAGCUGCAACUCUCUGAUCCUCCACCCACGAGGCAGCUGCUCUCAGCACCGCUGGUGUCACGCCCUGCUAGGCCGGGUCACCAUGAGCCCUGAGCAGCCAACUCGGAGCCAUCUGGAUGACGAUGGGCUGACGCUGCACAAUGAUGCUAUCCAGCAAAGACUGAGGCAGAUCGAAGCGGGGCACCAGAUGGAGGUGGAGACUCUGAAGAAGCAAGUCCAGGAGCUCUGGAGCCGCCUGGAGAGUCAACAGCACAUUAGCUCCCACCGGAUCAACGGAGACAUGGGAGAUGAAGUGACCUCAAUGACGGACUCUGAGUACAACAUGGACCCAAACUGUUUGUCGCGCUGCAGCACAGAGCUCCUCUCUGAGGCCAGUUGGGAGCAGGUGGACAAGCAGGACACUGAGGUCACCCGCUGGUACCCUGAUCAUUUGGCAGCCCAGUGUUACGGCUGUGAAAGCAGGUUCUGGCUUGCUACCAGGAAACAUCACUGCAGUGGCAGGGAGCCUGUUCAGGAGGUCUGGAACUGCGGUAACGUGUUCUGCGCCAGCUGUUGCGACCAGAGGAUCCCAGUGCCAAGCCAGCAGCUCUUUGAGCCCAGUCGCGUCUGUAAGACCUGCUACAGCAAUCUCCAGCAUGGCUCAGCUGCCCUGGACCUGGAGCUGGAGAAGCCCAUUACAGCCAGCUCCAACUGAGGUCCAGAGGACCAGGACAGACGGGAGUCGGGCUGAGCUGCAAGUCGCUGAUGCGGAAGCACUGCUGAAGAGCACAGGAGCUAAAGAAUGUCCCACCAACUUUGUGAGUGCUGCUGCACUUUGGAGUGUGAGUGUAUGUGUGAAAGAGAAGCUGAGUGGCAUGUUGGUGAGAUGGGACUGCGCACAAAGGAAUGAAAAUGGACAUCCUGGUGCCUUGGACCAGGCAGGCAGAGGAGGUUGUCUCACUGUAUUUGCUGAAGUCUCCUGGAGGACUUUGGUCUGUGAAAGAUUCUCCUGAAGAUCCUGAAAAAAAUCAUUAAGGUUUCUCAUCUCCUAGCCUGGAGCAUGGACUCAUCUCUGCAGGGUGUUCCGACAUCCUGGCAAUCACGAGACUGUCCCUCAGCGUUGGAAAUAUCGACAUAGCAAGCCAAUGUCUCAGUGAAGGACUAAAGGAACAAUUCACCCAGAUCACCAGAGGAGAUGGUAGUCAUAUUCCCUCACUUCCUAUGGUACCAACAAUCCAGCAAAAAUUAUUAUACUUUAACCUUAUCUGAGAUUUCUGCUGCCAAUUAGUCUGCAGGUCAUGUUAUCAGUUCAGCAUAUUUUUGUGUAAAUUGUUAAUACUGUAAGAUUGGGCUGUUUUUACCAGAAAACUUGGUUACAUAUUCAAACAGUCCAAAAUGAAACCUAAACACCUUUAUAUCUGAAUACAUGUAACAAGCAAAUUUGAGAAGCCUGAUCCAAUGUGAGAUUCGUCCCCCAAUCACACUAUCAACUUUGCAGUGCUACACUUGCAGGUAUGAUUGCCACAUUAAAAUAAGACUGAUCUGACUCGAGGCACAGACCCACUGAACCCGUUACACUUUAGGAUGGUCAAAGGUCCUAAGAGUGCAGGAAACUAGUUUUUUAAAUUACUACUAAUACUUCCGGCUAUGUAACUCAGAGUCUUGUUCAAAAAUGCUGCUUUCUAAUGGUAAUGACUUGAUAACAUGACCGCAUACUGAUCAGUUAGUAAUAAACUACAUGAAGUCCUCUGUGGAAAAACUCACUGCAUGCUUCUCAGACAUUGGUUGAUCAUCAGCUGAAGUGAUAGCAUCCUAUUUAAAGAUGGGUCACUUAAAUGUUGAUGUUCCCCACUGCUCAAGAACCACUGUACGCAGGUGAUAUUUAUACAUGCAUUUGUAUUGUCACCAUCAACUAGUAAUACCACACUUGGGAAUAUUUGGUCCUCUCUACCAUUGUGUGCAAGAGCUCAGUACGUUUGAAAACCCCAUUCCUCCCUCUCCUGGACUGGGAAUGCUGAAGAACAUCAUAUUCCAAAUUAAACCAGAGUGCCUAAGAAGCUUGUUUAGGCUCCAUAUAUUCAAACUUGUUGAGAGUGAGGCAAGUUUUGCCAUUUUGACUUGGUAAGAGUGCUGUGAGGAUGCUUACAUACAGACACUCAGUCACAUGUUCAGUCUAGAGGAGAGCUUGUCUGAAAAGUGUGUAAAACAGUGAAGUAUCUCUUAAAGAAACUGGCUGCAGCUUUUGUUUGCAGUGUCAUUACUCUGGAUAACUGGGUGAAUUGAGCCUUUAACUUUCUGUGGGCUGAGUCUCAACUGUGCUUGCUUUGUUUGGGUGAGCAGAAGAGAGACGCACAAAUGUGGUGGCAAAUAAGUGAUGUACAAAUCAAAAAGCUCUUGAUGCUUUGUUGUGAACAUCACAUUUAGUUAUGGUUGAGAUUCAGUCCAGAGUACAGAAGGGAGGCUGGACUUGUGGAGUUUGUGAAUUUGUAAAAUUCUGUGCUGUUCACAUAUUUAAAUGCACUUUUUUUUUUUUUUUUUUUUUUCUAAUUGCUUUUUAAUUUUUUUCAGUAGUUUGGCAUUCUUAUCCUGACCACGGUGAGGAUGGUGAAUCAUUUUGUGUUUGAAGCCCCCGUGUAGACAAGUCAUGCAGCAAGUUAGUGAGAGGAAAAGGCUUGUGGCUAUUUGAUCCUUUAACCGCUCGUGCUGCGCUGCUCCUCCAUACAAACAGAUGGUUUAUUACUCGUGUGCAGGGAGCACUCACUGUGAGACUCUGCCGAUUUCAGGUUUUUGUUUUUGUUUUGGUUUUUUUUGUUUUUGUGUUCCAAAGCAUUGACAUCAUCACACAGGUUUAGCCGAUAGACCUGCAUUAAUACUGACGUGUUUUCAGUCUGCCAUGGACGAACUGAAGCACGUGACGGUGCGGCCAACCGCUGCCAAAAGAUCCAGUUUUGUUUUACCCAGCAGGCACUGGGACGGAACAACAAAUUUUUUUUUUUUUUUUUUGUUUUGUUUUUUGUUUUUCCUCCCCUCAGUCCUCUGGUACUAAUCAGAUGGGUGUAAAGCUCACAACAAGACAUCUUUUUAUCUAUAUUUUCCAGGUGGCUGUCAGCCACUACGAAACAAAUUCCACUUUGUCUAAAUCACAGAGGAGCACAGCAGCAGUAGAAAGGGCUUUCUGCAUUUUCCCAGGUCUGUAACACCACAUGAAAUCUGUCAAAGCGUCGCUGAGACGCCUGCUCUGCCUCACACCCAUUCACGAACUACUUGUGUGCACACACAGACACAACUUUUGUACAGUAAAUGAGAGGAAUAAUAUAUUCGGAUACCUACAUAGCAUUUAAGAAAAAUGUAUAGAAUCUUUGAAUAGUGGCACUUAAUUAGUCACCAAAGUGUUUUUUUUUUUUUUCGUUUUGAAAUUGCAUAAAAUACCUAUAUUUUGCAAUCUGUUUAAGGCAGUUUUGGUUUUUUGUUUUUUUUUUUUUUUUUUUUUUUUUUUUGAAUAAAUGGAGAAGCAGGGUGACCUGA